UUUAAGAAACUAAAGGAAGUAACCAAAAUUGUUGCGAAAAAUUUGAAUAAAAUAAUAGAUGUCAACUAUUAUCCUUUGCCAGAAGCCAAGAAGUCAAAUUUAAAGCACCAUCCAAUUGGUAUUGGUGUUCAAGGUCUAGCUGAUGCUUUAAUUUUAAUGAGACUCCCAUACGAGAGCAAACAAGCUUGUUUGUUAAACCAACAGAUAUUUGAAACAAUUUACUUUGGAGCCUUGGAAGCUAGUUGUGAACUUGCCCAAAUGUAUGGUCCAUAUGAAACUUUUAAGGGAUCUCCAGCGAGUAGGGGUAUUUUUCAGUAUGAUAUGUGGAAUAAGAAACCAUCUGAUUUAUGGGAUUGGAACAAACUUAAGGCCGCUAUUAAGGAACACGACAUUAGAAACUCAUUGCUUGUGGCGCCAAUGCCUACUGCUUCCACUGCGCAAAUCAUGGGAAACAAUGAAUCAUUCGAGCCCUAUACCACAAAUAUAUAUACGAGACGCGUUUUGUCUGGUGAAUUUCAGGUAGUCAACCAUCACUUGUUACGAGAUUUAACGGAACUUGACCUAUGGGAUGAUGAUAUGAAAAAUAAAAUAGUUUCAAGCCGCGGAUCCAUUCAAAAUAUUGAAGUUAUCCCUCAAAAUGUGCGCGACUUGUACAAAACAGUAUGGGAAAUAUCAGUGAAGUCCACGAUUAAAAUGGCGGCUGACAGAGGAGCAUUCAUAGAUCAAAGUCAGUCUUUUAAUAUUCACGUGGCGGAGCCAAACUACGGAAAAUUAACUUCAAUACAUUUCUACUCUUGGAAAUCUGGACUCAAAACUGGAAUGUACUAUCUACGCACAAAGCCAGCAGCACAUGCUAUUCAAUUUACAGUAGAUAAAAAUGCAAGUGCUACAAUUAUAAGCAGUCAAAAUGGGUCGAUUAAAGCAGAAGAAAAAAAUGUUGAUACUGAAUUGUAUCGAGAACGUAGAAUGUCAGAAAUGGUUUGUUCACUUGAAAACAAGGAUGCAUGCAUGUCGUGUGGAUCUUAGUUUUAGAUCUGAGGUGGUCGAUGAAAAAUACAUAUAUUUUACACCUUUCUAAUAUUGUUAAAUCAAGCAUUUAUAAAUAAAAUCUAUGGAUUACCCGAAA